UGAAAGUAGGUGUACCAACAUUUCAUCUGCCAGAAAGGAAGAAUGAUAAUUAGAAGGAUUCUAGUUUCAGAAAUUGCCUUUCUAAUUGAAAUGGUUAGCUGUAUGAGUCUUGAAGAGAAAUUCAAUGAGAUAUCGUCUCGACAUAGGAGACAACUUACUUAUCCUUAUGGGAGCGCUAUUGGGAUGUAUCUAGCAUUUGUUGUGCCUGUUGAUCUUCAAGAACAAGACAUUCUUUUUUCUUACAACUUUGAAGCCAACUAUAACCUACCAACUACUUUGGAACAAUAUGCAUUUCAAUCGCUAAAAUCGUUGAGAAGUAUUAGCAGGCAGAUGGCAUUUGCAUACUUGGAAUCUUACCUGGACAGACAACAAAUAAAUGGAAAACAAUGCAUCUUGAAAAUGAUUUGUGAAAUAUCACAGACAGAGCUGAGGCAUAAUGGUUUGCUUGGAAACCUUAUUCAUGUUCUAUUCACCCCUUCCUCAACAAUCCAAGAGAAAUUCCUAAGUAGAGAGUUCGUAUUGGCUGAAGAGCAUGGCACAAAGUUCUCCAAUUGCACGGAUACUUAUUCAGAGUGCACGCAUAGUUUGCUGGAUCUGAUAUCUUAUGAAGAAGACUGA